ACUCAGUUCUCAGUUGUUUGUGCUCUAGACUCAGUCCUAAAAAUCUGUUUCUUCCAGUAACAGGAAACGCUCGUGAAUUAAAUUUGAAUUUGCUAAAAAGUAUUCUUCAAGAAUCUUCAUUUUUAAGAUUUUGCGAAUUGUUUGUUGAUAUUAUCUCAUACUGAUGGAUCGCGUCGUUGGCAAUUUCGGAAACAAGUUCAAGUGUUUGGUGAAGGCGGAAGGCAAGGAGAUGGCCCUCAAGUUGGUGGGAUUCUACGCCGUCGGCUGGACCCUGCGCAAGUUGGUCAAGUGAUGGACUCGGAGACCAGCGCAUUCAGUUGAUCGUCUGUUUGUUUCAGUUUCGUCCCCCUUUUAAAAUUCAAUGUACAAAUAAACUGUGGUCUUACCUCAAAA